UCGCGUAUCAGCAGGCAUAAUUUAACUUUACUACACUUUAGCAAUUUUCGCGUCACUAUAUUACAAUCUUGUCCAUAAAUUAUAUAUAAAGGAAAAAUAUUUAAAUGGCUAAAACAAUAUUAAUAUAACCAUAUCUUAAAGAAAUAUCACACCAUAGUGAAUAUGAAUAUCAUUAUCCUUUCACAGUUUUAUCUUUCAACAAUUGUACAUUUAAAUCGCCAAGGAAGAGGACGAAAGAACAAGACGUUCUAACGCCGUCGGUUCUUCGCGUUAAUGUUCCAGGUAUGGUUCCAGAACCGGCGCGCGAAGUUUCGCAAACAGGAGAGGCUGGCUCAGCAGAAGUCGACGUCGCAGAGCGGCAUCGGGGUGGACAGCGGCGCGUCCAGCCCCGUAGCCGGCACCGUGAAGGCGGAGGGACGUUCGCCGAGGAGUCCGGCAACGCCACCGGGCAGCUCAAACAGCGUGCUGUCGUCGAACGAGAUCAAGCCGAUCGCCAAUCAGAGCCUGGUGAACGUGAAGCACACGGACGGCACAGGCGACGGCGGCUCGCCGAACGCCCGGGGAAGCAGCGGCGGCGGCGGCAGCGGCACCUGGGGCUCCUGCAGUCCCAGGCCCUUCUCGGCGGCCCUGCCGCCGUAUCUUCUCGACCCGCUACCGCUGAAAACUGCGAACCUUUACUAAACCGCCGUCUCCUCCCGUCAUCGGCCUGGCGGAAAGUGUAAAUAUAGAGUGCCGCCCGCUCGUCAACACGGAGACACGACAAGCCAUUCAGGGAGCGUCCAAAUUUUUUUCUCGCGGGCCCCAGUUUCCACGCGGCCACGCGAACUCAUCGGCGUCCAUUUGCACGCGCGGUAACUUUAAGGACUCCGGUAAGACGCGCCGUUCAUAUUUUUGACAAAGAUAAGAUUUAAGCAGUUGGGAGGACAGACACGAGAAAAAAAUGCGACUUGCCUACUUUGAGGUAGCAUCUUGCUGAGAUGCGUUACGAAAAAUUUGUGCGCACACCAAACAGAGCGUAAAGUGCCAACGAUCGAGAGUCCUAAAUAUCACUUAGUGAAUUUGGUAAACAUGGUAUUAUCGUGAAGAGAUUUAAAAACCAAUGAGAUACUAUCUCUUAAGUUUAGCGGAGAAAUAAUUUUUAAUAUAUUAAAUAUUUCGACCAGCUUUUUAGAAUGUGCUAUGUUUGUUCUGCAUCCCUGUGAUAAGUGUAAAAACAUUUGAAUAAUGUAUGAUUCCCUUAAUUUUCAUCUGGUUAUUUACACACUGGUAUAACUGUAGAUAGAAAAGACAAAAAAAGAAUAGUGUACAUUAUAUGAUAUAGAAUAUUGUUUUUGUUGACGAAAAUAUGCUGCUAUUUAACAAAAGAAUUUUAAAGAAAGGCAUAAUUUGAAAAAUACUUGAAGCAUUACCAUUCAGAUUGAAAUCAAGAUUAUUAACAAAAA